CCCGACCCGAUCCGCUCCCAUUUAUUCUCCUAAUCUGCCUUCUUCAGUUGAUCUUCACCCCGCUAUCAUCACCGGAGCGAAAGCGGAGCUCCGACUGUGAAAUUCCAGAUCGCGGUCGUUAUUUCCCCGAGAUCUGUUGUUCGACGACGAGAAUGAGCUCCGCUCAAGACCCGUUUUAUAUAGUUAAAGAAGAGAUUCAGGAAUCAAUUGACAAUCUGCAAGCUACUUUCCGACAGUGGGAACGAACUCAAUCAAACACUGGGGAGUAUGUUCAUCUAACCAAAGAAAUUAUUGCAAGCUGUGAAAGCAUCGCUUGGCAGGUGGAUGAACUGAACAAGACAAUCACAGUAGCUGCACAAGAUCCGGCAUUCUAUGGACUUGAUGAAAUUGAGCUUGAAAAACGUAGGAAAUGGACUGCUACAGCUCGUAACCAGGUGAACACUGUGAGGAAAGCAACAGAAUCUGGCAAGGAAAAUGGUAGUUCAGUAGGUUAUGGUCUCAGUGGAAUGCGCCAAGACCUAAUGAGGCUUCCAAAUGAUUAUGCUCUUCAGUCUGGCAUAUCAAACCACCGUGUUGCUAAUGACAAUGAUGAUUUCAUCUCAUCAGAAUCCGAUAGACAACAACUUCUUAUAAGGCAGCAAGAUGAGGAGUUGGACGAGCUUAGUGCAAGUGUUCAGAGAAUUGGAGGUGUAGGGCUUACUAUACAUGAAGAGCUCUCUGGGCAGGAUAGGAUUUUGGGUGACCUGAGUAUAGAGAUGGAAACCGCAUCAAAUAGGUUGGACUUUGUGCAGAAAAAAGUGGCUAUGGUCAUGAAGAAAGCUAGCGCAAAGGGACAGUUAAUGAUGAUAGUAUUCUUGGUGGUUCUCUUUAUCAUUCUUUUUAUCUUGGUUUUCUUCACAUAGAAGAGGCAUAGGAGUAUAUAGCGGUCUAGCUUGUUACUUUCAGUGUAAACAUUUGUGGAUCGCUUGCAUUUGUUUUACUAUCAAAAUAUGUUUUGGUCUACACAGUGAUUCUUAAAACUGUAAAUUUAGAACAUCGAAUAUCAAGUUUUGCUGAAUGAUAAGUAUUGAAGGCAAUGUGAAUAAUGAGGAGUUCUAAUGA